AUGGAUACCAAUUCGGACGCCGCAAUGCCGGAGCUUGGUGAGCAACUGGCGGCCAACGAUGCCGCUGAAAAUGUCCCUGGCAACGGCUCGGACUUGCACGAGGAGCCAAAGCACUUCAAUCGUAAGAAGAUUGAUAUCGCAGAGCUGCGCAACUACUGCAUUCGCCACGAGAUGCCGCUGCCCGUCGUCGAGAUUGUGCAGCAGUGCGGCACCCCAGACGCACCCGAAUACAUCGCCUGUUGCACGGUGGCCUCCAUCAAGCGCUACGGCACGGCGGGAACUAAGAAGGCUGCCCGCCAGCUGGCCGCCCUCGAGGUGCUGAUCGUCAUCUCAGCCGACGAGCAAGAGGAGCCGAAUCACGACUUGGAGGUCGAACGUCGUGGCCCAAGGACUGGGGGCCGAAAGCCGUGCGAUGCCCACAACUACUACAAGAAGUUCUUGCCGCACCUGAAGGCGGCCGCCUUAGAGGUGCUCGAUUCCAAGGACUACAAGAACGAAAAGGAGCAGCUGCUGGCUCUACUGACUGCUCUCAAGAUCACACCCGAAUUCUCCACUGUUCCAUCGACAUCCGGGGUGACUCUUGUGAAGGUGCAGCUAAAUGUGGAUUUUGAUAACCUUUUUAUUGAUUUCGAAAGCAGGAUCUGUCGCUAUAUGCUUGACUACUUCAAGGUGAUGCUCAAAUAG